AUGAAGGCCAUUCAAGAGGCUAUCCUCCAGAAAAUUGUGGAUCAGGAGGAAAGCUCUGUGAAACCUAAAUUCCUGGGCUCCACUUAUAGGGCCGAGGGAGCCAAACUAAAGGCUGUUGAGGAAAAGGACCUGCCCAAGGCCAUUAUCGUCAACGCCUUCUUCCCAGACAGCGCGAAAGACAAGAGUGAGAGAAUCCUCAAGCUCAUUAAAAGCCAGAAUGAUCUGAGUACUACCGACUGGAGGAUCCUGAGAAGGACGCAGGAGAGAUCUACCGUACAUCUCACGAUGUCGAUAACUGGCCCCUUCCAUGAAACCCUUAAGAAAAAUGGCUACAAAGCCAGUUUCAAAUUUGGUCAGGUAGGAAUUAGACCGAAGAGCGCUGCAAAGCCUCCGGCUAACCCUCCAAUCAUUUCCGGGAAACCGAAGGGUGCUACCGCCCUCACGAUCGUAGCGUGA